GCCCAAUCUCAGAGACUCUCUCUCUCUCUCUCUCUCUCUCUCUCUCUCUCUCUCUCUCUUUCUCUGCAAAACCCUAGAUCUGUCCCCCCCUCCGCCGCUGACCGAGCUCUCCGAUCUCCGUCAUCCUCCCGUCGAUUCACCUCCGGAUCAUACUUCUGAAGACAACAUGGCCACCACUGUCGAAGAGAAGUCAGCCACUCCUGUUCAAGAAAAAACCACGGCUGUAGAUGAGCCAGUUACUACUCUAGUUGAAGAGCCUGUGACUAAUUCUGCUGAAGAUCCUGUGACUAAUACUGCUGAAGAGCCAGUGACUAAUGCUGCUGAAGAGCCCGUGACUGAUCUGGGAGAACAGCCUGUGACUAAUCCAGUUAAGGAGCCAGUGACGACUACAGUUGAAGAGCCACUUACUACGACAGUUGAAGAGUCAGUGACUACUACAAUAGAAGAGUCAGUGACUACUACAAUUGAAGAGACGGUGACAAUGCAAGUUGAUACUACUCCAGUGGAUGAGUCAAUGGCUGCUCCAGUUGAUGAGACAAUGUCUAUGCCAGUUGAAGAUUCAGCAACUAUUCCAGUUGAAGAGCCAAGGACCACUCCAUUUAAAGAUCCAGUGCCUCCUCCAGUUGAAGAAUCGAUGCCUAUUCAAGAUGAAGAGCCGUUGCCUAUUCAAGUUGAAGAGCCGAUGAGUACUCCCAUUCAAGACAGGAUGGCCACCCAUGAUGAAGAAAAGAUGCUUAGUCUUACCCACUAUGAAGAAAAGACAGAAACUCCAUAUGCAAACAAUGAGGCAAUUCACUAUGCAAACAAUGAGAUCACCCACUAUGAAAACAAUGAGAUGAUACCUUAUGCUAACAAUGAGGUCACACACUAUGCAAACCAUGAUGGGGCCCUUGUCAGCAAUGAGCUGGCCCCCUAUGAAAACACUGAAGGGGCAAAUCCAGAAGCACAUCCUAAUAAGCGGAGGAAAAAGAAGUCUCUAGUUUGGGAGCAUUUCACCAUUGAAAAUGUCAGUCCUGGAUGUAGGAGGGCGUGUUGUAAACAGUGCAAACAGAGUUUUGCAUAUAGUACUGGUUCGAAAGUUGCAGGUACCAGCCACCUUAAACGCCACAUUGCUAAGGGAACUUGCCCAGCACUUCAGCGUAACCAGGACAAGAAUCAGUCAUCUCCAUAUACUCCAGCUUCAAGAGGUGGCAGUGCUGCAAAUACACCAAAACGGCGUUAUCGUACUGCUAACUCACCCCAGUUUCUUUUUGAUCCAGACCGUUGUCGUCAUGAGAUUGCAAAGAUGAUCAUCAUGCAUGACUACCCCCUGCAUAUGGUUGAACAUCCUGGGUUUGUAACUUUUGUUCAGAAUCUCCAGCCACAAUUUAAUAUGGUGAGCUUCAAUACUCUCCAAGGUGAUUGUGUUGCAACUUACCUAAUGGAGAAGCAAAACCUUAACAAGUUUAUUGAGGGCAUACCCGGGCGUGUCUGCCUCACCUUGGACGUGUGGACUUCGUCCCAAAGCGUGGGUUAUGUAUUUAUUACUGGGCACUUCAUUGAUGCUGACUGGAAGUUGCACAAGCGGCUACUUAAUGUUGUGAUGGAACCGUAUCCUGACUCAGAUUCUGUGCUUAGCCAUGCUGUUGCUGUUUGCCUUCAUGACUGGAGUUUGGAGAGCAAGUUGUUUUCCAUCACCUAUGAUCACCCAGUGAAUGAGGCAGCUCUUGAGAAAUUAAGGCCUCUUCUCCCCAUUAAGAACCCACUUAUCCUCAAUGGUCAAUUAUUGGUUGGGAAUUGUGUUGCACGUACUUUGAGCAGUAUUGCAAAAGAAGUGUUAGAGGCAGGGCGAGAUGUAGUAAAAAAAGUCCGGGAUAGUGUCAAGUAUGUGAAGACAUCAGAGUCCCAUGAGGAAAAGUUUGUGGAGCUUAAGCAACAGCUUCAAGUCCCAAGUGAAAAGAGCAUAUCUCUUGAUGACCAAACUCAAUGGAAUACUACAUAUCAAAUGCUGCAGGCUGCUUCUGAGUUAAAGGAAGUAUUUUCUUGCUUGGAUACGUCGGAUCCUGAUUACAAACAAGCCCCCUCAAUGGAAGACUGGAAGCAAGUUGAGACUCUCUGCACAUACUUGAAACUGAUAUUUGAUGCAUCCAACAUCCUGACUACUACAACCAGCCCAACUGCAGUUACCUUCUUCCAUGAAGUGUGGAGAAUUCAGUCAGACCUGGCUCGUGCAAUUACGACUGAGGAUCUCUUUGUCUGCAACCUCACUAAGACGAUGCAAGAAAGAAUUGAAAAGUACUGGAAGAAUUGUUGCCUGGCAUUGGCAACAGCAGUGGUUAUGGAUCCUAGGUUCAAGAUGAAGCUUGUUGAGUUCAGUUUUAACAAAGUUUAUGGUGAAGAAGCUCCAACAUUUAUCAAGAUCGUUGAUGAUGGAAUUCAUGAACUCUUUCAUGAAUAUUUGACACUGCCCUUGCCUCUGACGCCAGCUUAUGCAGAAGAAGGAAAUGCAGGAGGCAACACUAGGACAGAGGAUUCCCAAGGAGGAACCAUUGCAGACAACGGCCUCACCGACUUUGAUGUGUACAUUAUGGAGACAACUAGCCAACAGAUGAAGUCAGAGCUUGAUCAGUAUUUGGAAGAGGCGCUGUUGCCUAGAGUCCACGAAUUUGAUGUUCUAGGCUGGUGGAAACUGAACAAGAUGAAAUACCCUACUCUUUCAAAGAUGGCUCGUGACAUUUUGUCAAUUCCGGUGUCUACAGUUUCUUCUGAUUCUGUUUUCGAUACCACAGCCAAAGAGAUGGAUCAGUACAGGAGUUCUCUGCGACCAGAGACGGUGGAAGCUGUUAUAUGUGCAAAGGAUUGGAUGCAGUAUGCAUCUGCACAGGUUUCGAAUUCCCUUGUCAGAAUGGAGUAUUAGAUCAUAGAUUCUUAUGGAUAGACAAUAUCGGUCAAGUGUCAUGUUCGAUGCCAGCCGGAAAGAUGUAUGCGGUAGGUUCUGUAUCAUUUCAAUGUAGUUGGUUUCACCAAUCGCCAUUAGGUUAUCUCCUGUACCAAUUCUAGUGAUUGUAAGCUUGGACAUGAACAUUUAGUUUGCUAGUUUUAGGUUUCUAAUGUUAUUAAUGCUAUGCAAUUUCAAAGCUGAGCUUUAUGUAGAAUUUGGUAA